AUGGCGACAAUGACCGUGUCCUCCAGGACCACCAGCGCAACCACAACCCGUAGUGCCACACGCCGCAAGGCGGAACAACCAACAGAAGCGCCAAAUGUAGACCACCUCGACAGACAUGGCUAUCUGUUUGGCCAGAAGAUCACGGCAUCUUUGUCUCCAUUGCUACAUGACACCAUCUACCAAGAAAUCGGGCUGAACUGGGCACAAGUCCGGCUAGACUCAACAGACAUGGACCUGUUCUUGCAGCUCCGGCAACACCCAAAAUUCUACGGCGCAGCAGUAACAAUGCCACACAAAGUCGCCAUCCUGUCACAUCUGGAUGAGCUGACGCCCGAAUGCCGGGCCGUGGGUGCCUGCAAUACCAUGUACAUCCGUGACGAGCCAGAUUCCUCAUCACCAACUGGCUUCAGGAGGAUCUUCUGCGGAACCAACACCGACGUCGUUGGCGUCCGCGAGUCGUUCCUGCAGAACAUCCCGGCUGACAAGUACGACACGGUCUUCCGCGGCCGCCCGGGGCUUGUCAUCGGCGGCGGCGGCGCUGCGCGCUCGGCCGUCUACGCGCUGAGGCAGUGGCUGGGCGCGACCAGCAUCUACCUUGUCAACCGCGACAAGGCCGAGGUCGACGCCGUUAUCGCCGAGUGCACGGAGAGGGGCUACGGCGACGGGCUGGUCCAUGUCGAGACCGUGGAGCAGGCUCGGCAAUUAGAAGGCGCCGGCGCGAUCGUCGCGUGCGUGCCUGAUUUCCCGCCCGUGACUGAGCUGGAGAAACAGGCGCGCGCUGUGACCGAGGUGUUCCUGAAGGAGAAGGAGCACAAGGGCGCCAUCCUGGAGAUGUGCUACAACCCGACGCCUUUCACAGCGCUGGGUAAGCUCGCGGAAGAUGCGGAAUGGCAGGUGAUCUUGGGCACAGAGGCGAUGAUAUGGCAGGGUAUUGAGCAAGAUCGUUACUUUACUGGGCGGAGCACAGAAGAAUUGCCCGUGCAGAAGGUGAAGGAAGUGAUAGGGGCACAGGUCGCACUGAGGGCUCAAGCGCGGUCAUAG